GGUCCACAGGCAGACAGAACUCUGAACGUGACCAACCAAUUUUCAUUUUAUUGUAUCUAGGCGUAAUAUUGGUCAUCUAAUCAAACGAAAAUGAACAUCGCUUGGAUGUUAGUUUCUGGACUAUUCUUGGUUCUUUUGCCCACAAGGACGGCAGCAAACCCCUUGUUUCGCUCACAGUCAGAUCUUGCACAUGUAUUAGAUGAAGAAUUCUCUGAGUACCUUUCCUCAGAGGAAAGAGAUGUCCCUGCAGUUGUGAAUCCCAAGGUCCGGUUUUUACGGGACCUCAGCCCCGACACCAGGUCAAAGAGCACCUGGGCUCGGCGGCUUUUCAACGACUACAACAAUCCAAGGAAGUUCCGAGGAAUCAAUAAGAAAGGGUCGUCCAAGGGCUGUUUUGGACGCAAACUGGACAGAAUAGGAGCGAUGAGCGGUCUGGGCUGUUAGAUCUACGACACCUAGCGACGGACACCGCGCUGAUGAUGGGCUCUGAAACCUCCUGUGCGUCUUAUUGUCUCCGUAAAAGUACCGUUUAAUAAGAAAACGAUGCCAAUACGUAUUCCCGGUACGACGAACUACAUCAUCAGCGUCUUUAGUGGAAAAGAACAUGAAGGAAAACGUUGUAGGAACUAAUGCAGCUGUAAAUUGUCGCUACUAUAAAUUGAUAAUUUCAUUUCUGCAUAAAUGUAUUUAUGUUUAAACUAUUUAUAUGUUUAUAAAGAGAGAUAUUUAUAAAAAAAAUCUUAUUUAUGUAACAAACUGAAGAGAGGGUGAACUGCAGGAGAAAGAAACACAAAGUUUGUAACAUUUGUCCUAAUAGCUGUUACGUGUUAAAUUGCAUUUCACAAAAGUCUGAGAAGCCUCCUUAUUUAUUACAAUCCGUGCAAUACAUGAAAA